CGGAUUACCAAGCUAAUGGUUAUGCAAAUACGCGAGCAUAGGGUAUAAACUGCGUAACCUACGAUAUCGGUAUUCCACGCUACUUUUGCCACACAGUCAUGGUUAAUGCUUUUACCUUGUUUACCGUAGCAAUAUUUAUGCCUUCUGGAUGUAGCAAUUUUUUGAUUAUUCUGAUUGAAAGGGACAGCUUGUAUCUGUCUCGGUAACAGUAACGUAUAACACAGCGCCACGUCUAGCAUAGCAAGCGGUCAUUCGAGUUUUAAAGCCGAUCAUAAAAACCGGCGGUGGCUGGGAAAUUUGAUAGUCCGCUCGUUUCCGUGCCAUGGCGUCGCUGCCAAUCAGUGAGUGCAACUUGGUUCUCUUCUCUGAUGUGUACAUCAAGUAGGACGACGACGCAAAGAGAAAAACCGAGAUUUGCCUGGACAACAAACACCGCAGCCAUAUAACUACGGCAAAAGAAUUUCCUUGUCAAUUUCCAGCCAACUGCCAACAAUACAACAACGUGGACCGCAUCGCUUACGUGUAAGAUUGUUUAAACGUCUGUGCCGGUUCAUCUACAUUUGAAGUUUUCUCCUCUUCUUCGUGAUUUAAUCCAUGUGCGCUGCUAACCGUGCAACUGACUGGAAUCCAGUAAGUUUUGUACGAUUUUUGAUACAUAUUCUGACUGAUUCAUCUGCGCCGGUAUGCUAGCCGGAAUGCAGCCGUCCGGUGAGCGCUAUCUCUCUCCUCCCGUCAGUCCCCGUAAAUCUGUGAUAGUGCACACCAAUUCAGCAUUCAAACCCACACCGCUUCCCAUCCCCAAAGUGCCCGAGACACCAUGCGUGCCUCUCAGCUACCCUACGGCGGAGGUGCGCCACCCCACCUUGGCGGGGCUCCUGCGCAACAGCCACCAGCCGCUCGCCCCGCCAACAUCCUCCCCCAAAACCCAAUCCCAUUCGCCCAAGCAAGACAUGGGCCAUCCUCUCCACAAGCACUACUCAGCGCACCCCGUUCCGGAAAUCGUAACACCGGCGGUGCCGAUUGCUGAGUAUGUUCCACUGACCGGUCAGAAGAAGACCGCAUCGACGUACACGCCCCGACCACGCGCCACAACCACGGUCGCGUCUCUAAUCCAGUUGCACUUCCCGUCGUCGUCGCCGCCGCAGAGGCGUGACAGCGGCACCGCGGGUGCGUUAAUGGAGACCGUCAUUCGGGCCAGUUUGGAUGAGGAACGCGAGAGGAAUAACUACAAUCUGCUACGAGCGGCACGGUCCCCUGACGUCGUGAGCACCAGUACGGAAAAGUGUCCACAACUGCACGCGCUCCUAUCGGAUAACUCGGUACCUGUGCGGAAUGCACCGGUAUCCAGAAACUUCGGGCAGCCUUCUGCGGUAGCCCAGCGACAGCCAACGACAACGGUGUCUUCCAUCAUUCAGUCCACCCGGCUCCCCGUAGAAAAACCGAAGCGAACCGAACGGUCAAAUCGGACCGUGGCGGAACUGAUCUUGCAGGCUCAAUAUAACGAACAAAGAAGUAACGAGCAGAUGGAAUUGCUCAAAAAGGUGAAUCCCGUCACGGUUGCCUCGAAUUACAGCACUGCUCCAUUGAAGAAGCGGAUCAGUGAACGAGCGCGCACUCCAGAAGCGUUUUUCGUUGAAAGAGUGAGAACUCCCGAAGUGUCCUCUGUGGAAAGAGUGCGAACUUCUUCCAUGUCGUUUACUGAGAACCCCCGAAUCCCUGACGUGUGUCUUGGUGAAAUAGCCCGCAUUUCUGAAGUGUCGUUUACUGAUAGAACACGUUCACCUGAAGUGACCUUUGUCGAACCACAGCAUUAUAGCCAAGAAAUCUUCACUUCCAGAGAAGAUCGUAGAUUCAACACCGAUUACAAAGCCCACAGACUACAAGCGCAACUGGAUAGAAUCGCAGAGCGACGGACCGAACACGUCGAACCGAGCUGGGGUUCGUCGCGGAUGGACGCUCUACAGUUUGGAGAGCCUGCACCGAUCCGCAGCGUGUCACCGAUCAGUGUAAAGCCUGUUUCUCCAGUUAGUGUAAAGCCUCCGACGGUACCUGACUGGAAGAAAACUUACGCACGUUCACUAAUGGAGCUGCAGACAGAACCAGAGGUGCCAUCUACACAGCGUUUUGACUACGUUGCGACUAGUGUCCAAUCACCGGAACCUGAAACGGAUAAAAGCUUCCAAUCAUCAAAAACCGAAGCGGUGAAAAGCAUCCAACCACCCGAACCCAAACCGGUGACACCAAUGCGUACUCAGUCACCCCAAAUCGAAACUGUGGACACUAUUGACAAGAAAUCGCCUGAUGCAACUGAAGUUGUGCCACGCAAUGCGGAAGUUUUACCGGUUUCUGGAGAACCGAAUACAGACAAUGCUAUUACACCAGAACUUAAGGCAACAGAACCUCUUGCUACAAUAUUACCGGAAUUGACUUCUGAAACUCUGAAAAAUACGACAGAUGCCUUACCUGAAACGUCCAAUGAUAUCUCUGUGCCAGAAACAGUUGUGUUCACGGAAAAUCCCAUGCAGCAAAACGCUUUUGACACCGAGAUCCGCGCGAUGACGUCUAUUGAAAAUUUACCUGAAAUUGUGGCGAUCACUAAUGCUGCGUCACAUGAAGACCAGGAUGCAGCCAACACUGCGUCCACGUCAGAGAUGUCGCCUAUUGUGACGUCAGACAUUGACAUUGCGCAGCCAAUCAUAGAGCCGAUUUCUGACGACGAAGUUUUUAACGUACAGCCGAUAAAAGAGCCACAAUCCUUAUCCUCUCAACGACAUGUGCCUGCCUCGUCAAACGUUAUCACGGAAACUGUACCGGCUGUGCCAGUUUCUCUAGCUGCACCCGCGGCACCCAAAGUCAAGGAGACAAUGCCCACUUUGUCAUCGGACGGUUGGGGACAGGCCCUGAUCAUGGACGACGUUCCGCUGGAUCUGUAUUCCAUCGUCAAACGCCGUCAUGCCUCUUCGUCCAGCUCCAUCAUCCAGAGUAUGAUUGAUGAGAACAUCGAACAGCAGAUCGGGCUGGGCAAGGGUAAGACACUGAGAACACCUGCACGCCACGCACACGCACGCACGAAGACGACACGGCGACACCGCCGUACUAUACGUAAGGGUCACAACUCGUCUGUAACACAUACGGAGUUUAAGAAGAAAACGAAGAAAAGACGUGCGACAAAAGCGUACAGUACUACGCCAUCGGAUGCGGAAUUUUCUGAAAACGAUGAAAACAGUGCGGACAUUUCUGACGAUGACACGGACAGUGUGGAAAUCCCUCUUCCCUCGAGGAAAACGGACGACGAGAAACCCGCUGACCCACAGACAGUUCGAACUGCAACGCCAGUUUUACAGCGGGAGAUUCAGCCGUUGUCAUCAUCCCGUACAAACUGCACGAUUGACCGAAUCUCGGUUAUUGCCGAUCGGUGCUGUAUGAACGUGUUGCCUGAUUCCGCUGCGGAACCAGUUUUGCUGGAUACCAGCGUAUCACCAUCGUAUCGUGUAAGGUCACUCAAAGAACUCUGCUCUACCGAACUCAAUAAGAAAGAAAAGAAACCGGCCUUCACGACGGUCCAUCCCGGCAAUCCAUUGUCGCCUGUAGUAUGGAACGCCCCUCGCGAGCGCCGUAUUAACAUAAAAAAGAAACGCAAGCGCGCUCGCAGCCAUAUCACAUUUAAGCGUCCAAAGAAAAAACAACCCGGUACUCCGCUGAUUCAAAGCCGGAAACCGUUUUCCACGCACUGCCCGUAUUCGGGUCUGCCGACCAUUUCACCGUUUCUGCCGCCAGCGGCCGCUCAAUAUGUCCAGCGCGCCCUGGAGCAAGAGCUCAGCCAGCGCAAGAGCCCCGCGCAGAGUCGCAACGCGUCCCGCGCGACGUCGGUUAUUAAUGCCGAACGACCGGAGAUCCGUCGGCGCUCGCAUACGCCGGUUCGCGCCACACCGAAACCGCUGAAAAUGGUGAUCGGCCGGUCGCGGUCCCUGCGCAGCUCUAACUCCGUCUCGGAAAUGGAGAUGCCGGAGGCGCUGCCUGAGUUCGACAGUGCGCGCUGGAUGUCUUCCAAAUCCCAGUGUAUGAGUUUCGGGAUGCCGUUGCCGGCGAACAUCGGGCACAUCUUCACCCCCGAAUUCGUGGGGAGCGCGGUAAAAACGGAAGCCGAUAACUACGAUGAUAUUAUGGAACUGGCAGUCGAUGCGGAAGCGCUGAAUGGAAGCGCCUUGUUCUUGGUUGCCAUGGAAGAUGGCUCGUUUGGUAUUGUGUCCAUACCGGAAACUUCGGAUGAUAGUGUAACGGAUAGCGGCGAUACGAUAAGCGAUAUCGAUAUCAACGAUAUACCACCGUUAAGAAUUACAGAUGAUAAGAAUGUAUCCAGUUGUCAGCUGGGCAAUCACAAGGAAGCGACAUUUACCGACGAUGCAGGAACGUAUCAGCAUAAACUGCUGGACCGCUUCCGCAAAUCAGCUAAAUCAGACAAAUUCGCUGAAGGAAUACGGAAACGGUCACAAUCUCGGUCUCCUGACUAUGAAAUUGUGCCAUCAGAAAACGACACUCAAAAAAUUACAAUUAAAAUCAAACAACACACCCCGUCAAACAGACGUGCAAAGCGUCGCAAACCAACGGGUUGGGAUCAUGAGCGGCCGAAGAAACGCAAGGUGCGCGACAGCUUCUGGUCACCCGAACCCGAUACGCUGUUUGGCCGACGUCAGUCGGCCAUCUUUCGCGAUCCGUAUGAAUUCCCGGACAGUCCGCAAUCGGUUGACAAAAGCGACACUGGCCUGACCGUUGGAAUGCAUUCGCUCUUUGGCAGUAGUAGUCGACACCAUCGAGAAUCUCUUGAUGAAAUCCACACGGAAGCGCUGUAUACGGACGCCAAGUAUCCCGCCACGGAGAAAAUCAGCAUUGGCGAAUACCCUAAUGCAACUGAUAUCAUGGAGACGACCUUAUCCAGCGCUGACACAUCUAGCGCCAGCGCGCUUCUCCCCUCCUCCCCCACGGAAUCCGCUACAAAAUCCUCCAUCUCCGAUGACGAAGAGGAUGAGGAAGCUGGUAAACUGGAGAUCGCAGUCGAAUCCAUCGAUGAUGCCGCCCACAAAGUGUCGAUAUCGCUGGACGGUGGACGACCCGCCGACACCGCUGAGGGGCCGACGGACGACACGCACGACACCACGAUCGAUCAGCCCCUGGCCGUUGCCCCGGCCUACGAGUUCAACCGGUACGAAACCGUUCUCUUGGGCGCCGAAAUUGAUAUGCAGAGCGAGACGAGCUCCAUCAUGGAUACCUCGGUCGAUCUAGAAAGCGCCGAACCGGUUUUAAUAUCGAUUCCGGAGGCCGGUGAAACUGCAUUGGAGACCGAUACGGAAAUUAAUGCUCUGCUGGGGAGCAUAACGGAAAAACCAUCGGAUAGCAUGAAAGAUGAACCCGUGGUCAAGGCACCGGUGGUGGAAGUUGAACCGGAAAGCGAUAACCGCGUUCCCAUCGCUGAGAAUCUGAACGCCGACACGGCGGGGAGUUCGGAUAUAUCAUUACAGUUUUCAUCGACACUUUUACAGUUGUUAGAUGCUAAUGACGCCACGCAGCCGCACGUGCCCGAAGAAGCAACUGAAGUGGUUAAUAAAAAUGAAGAAAAUCCAGCCAUUUCGGCUGAAUUGCAAGCCAAGCGGAAAUUCGUAUCGAGAUUCGGACCGCCGUUGAAAUCCAGCGAAAAGCCGCUACCAGCGGUCGCUUAUGACAGUUCCACAGAGUCGAUAACGGAGCACAUUAAGACGCUGUCUGCACCCCGCCCACCGUUGCUACCCACUCCUACCACACCACCCAUCACUGCUGAAAUUACCGACAAGAUUUUCAAGCACCACGAACCACCCUACAAACGUCUGGAAAACUUUCGGCGGAUGGAGAAAGACGUAUCGGAGAACGCUCGACCCAUGUUCUACAACAAGCAUAAUCGCUCAAUGUCGCCGUUCGCGCAUCCGCGUCAGGACAGGAAACGCAUUCAACGUCUGCGCUACGACCCGAUUCGGCGCCAGGACCGGCGUAAUCCUCUGCCGCGGAAUAAGGGUAAUUCCAACCACACACACUUCCGCACUACUAACACACGCUCUGACCCCGCCGAAUUGCAGUGUCCCCAGCGCACGGAUAUGCAGCGCAGCAGCAGGCUUCCUCGUAAACGGACCAAACCGCUCUGUUACGCUGAUGCAGUGUACGCUCCCGAUACUAUGUCUUUCGCAUCCACCUUAGCCGUACCGCUGAUUAACCAGGAGACAGCGACCCGCGCCCACUGUGUGCAGCAGGUGCGCCACUACGUUACCGACGCCGUGUGUCUGCAGGAAGCCGUGACGGUUGCCACGCCGCCGCCGCCCGCCUGGCUGCAGAAUGUCGGUCGUGCGGUCAGUGUCACCAUGGGUGACAUUAUGUCGCAACCCAUCCUACAUGAAUCCUAUGAGAAACUGCAAGUGACGCCGUAUGGGAAUCUGAUUGUUGAAAGUAUUAAGUGUGCGGGGGAUGAUGCGGGCUUUACCGGCUUUGCUGUACAGUUCCAAGGGUUCCCCUCUGUGGUGGCGCUGCCCGCCGAGACGAUGGAGACCUACUUUAUCAAGGACCUCAUGCAGUACUACGCCACGAGCACGAAUAUUGUACCAGAAGAUGGACAAUCCUAAGGUCAUAAUUUAUUUCACCUUAACUGCAGCGCAACCGCUGCAUCACAGCGUUUUGUUCUUAAUUUUCUGCUUAUUUUUCUAUGUGACCAAUAAACUUUUGAAUCAAUA